AAUCAACUUGUGCCUGGCCAACGUAACCUGGACACCGCCUGGCCAUGGAUUUGCACAGGGACUCCUUGGACAUCACCCCUGGCUCUACUCCGUGAGGGACGGAGACGGGGCCGCAGUGGUCCUAGCAUGGCUUACAUGGGAUGAGAAUCGAUACUGUCUCCUGAUGGGCGUGGUCGAAAUUGCUUGCAUCCACGCGACGCAGGUAUGCGCCACGACCCACGACCAUGAGCGCUACUCUGGGCUAUCUCGAGAUAUAAGGUCCCCUCCUCUUCAUUCACAUCGUCUACUCUUACUCUCUUUCUCCUCAUCCAACAGGCUCAUUCCCGCAGCUUUCCAUUCCCACACUCUUUUCCGCUUUUCAGCACAUUUCUUUCAUUUGAACACUUCAUUGAUUGAAGUUCACUAUCUUUACGACUUGAAGUCAAUAUCCACUCUUUCCACGAACGAAAACUACAUCCAACAACACCAAACUCAACACUUUUGGAAAAUCUGCAAAAAUGCCUUCCUUCAAGAACUCCGCUGUCCUUUCCGCCAUUGCCGGCGCCGCCUCUGUCAUGGCCCACGGUCACGUCAACUACUUCACCGAUGGCUCUGAGCAGUUCGCCGGUUACGACGUCACCUCGCUCCCUUACAUGAGCAACCCCCCCGACGUCUACGGCUGGAAGAACACCGCCACUGACAACGGUUUCGUCGACCCCUCCUCCUACGCCGCUGCCGACAUCAUCUGCCACAAGAACUCCGAGAACGCCAAGCUCACCGCAAAGGUCGCCGCUGGUGACAAGCUCCAGAUCUUCUGGAACACCUGGCCCGAGUCCCACAAGGGUCCCGUUAUCGACUACCUCGCCUCUUGCGGCACUGACUGCUCUACCGUCGACAAGACCUCCCUCGAGUUCUUCAAGAUCGCUGAGGCCGGUCUCGUUGACGCCUCUGCCAACAAGUGGGCUUCCGAUGAGCUCAUUGCUGCCAACAACUCAUGGGCUGUCACCAUCCCCACUUCCCUGAAGCCCGGCAACUACGUUCUCCGCCACGAGAUCAUUGCCCUUCACUCCGCCGGUCAGGAGAACGGUGCCCAGAACUACCCCCAGUGCCUUAACAUUGAGGUUACCGGCUCCGGCUCUGACCUUCCCGCUGGUACCAAGGGUGAGGCCCUCUACAAGGCCGACGACGCCGGUAUCCUCAUCUCCAUCUACAACUCCCUGACCAGCUACUCUAUCCCUGGCCCUGCCCUCCCCUCCGUCUUCGGUGGCUCUGGCUCUGGCUCUGGCUCCGGCUCUGCUUCCUCCGCCGCUCCCUCCGCCACCGCUCCCGCCGCCACCUCUGCCGCUGCUGCUUCUUCCACCGCCCCUGCUGUCACCUCUGCUGCCGCUGCCACCACCACUGCUGCCGCUGAGGCCGUCGCUACCUCCGCCCCUGCCUCCAGCUCCGCCUCUGCCCAGCAGCCUGCCGCCACUGGCAAGCCCUCCUGCGCCGAGAAGCGCAAGCGCAGCCUGGCCCGCCGCAUGGCUCGCCAGCACGCUCGUGACGUCGUCCGCCGCGUUUAAAUCCCGCGUCUCAAUUGAGAGCGAGAGGAGAGGACUCACUUCGAGCGAACCCUGAGCUGCUUUGGCGAAGGGGGUAGCUCAAACCCACUAGGCUCAUGAAGACAUGAUUGCUUUGUUGGACUUUUUCACUUGUAUAUACUAUAACGACACUUGUUGGUUUUCGUGUACAACACCGACGUGGAUCUUGGACAAAAAGACUUCUACCUUUACUACCUAGCUACGUACGGCCGUGCCGGAGUAUACUAGACGAAUGGAAAGGGCGGAC